AUGUUCAGGACUGCCAUUACUCGACCAUGGAUUUGCUCGAGAUGCAUCCGACGCCAAACACCCAUUCGAUGGAAUCAUACAGCACCGGCUCUACGAGAGUCUGGAGGGUCUUUGACAGCAGGAGGUGAUGCUCCUGGAGCUGUCCACGAUGACAAGACGUUACGAAAGAUCUUCGACUCGGCGAAAUUCUGGAAAGAUUUCUCUCAGUCUUCGAAGACCGGGCAAAAUGGCGGAAAUAUCGGCCUCUUUCAAAAUAGAUACCUGACGAAUCCCCAAGGGUUCGUGGAAUUCGCAAAUGCAAGUCUAAGGAAGGCAAAGAGACUGGUAGACAAGGUCCUACAUGCAAACUCCGUUGCAGAAUACCACGAUAUCGUACGGAACCUAGACAGGCUGAGCGACUUGCUAUGUAGAGUCAUCGAUGUCUCGGAUUUUGUUCGAUCUACACAUCCCAAUCCCGCUAUACAAGCCGCUGCUACACAUGCAUACUCAGUUAUGUUCGAAUACAUGAAUGUGCUUAAUACCACGACCGAAUUGGAAAAGCAACUGAAUAUAGCCAUGUCGCAUAAAGAUGCUCCGUGGGGAGAGCAGGAGAGAAUGGUGGCGGAGAUUCUAAGGAAUGAUUUUGCAAAGUCGGCCCACGACCUCCCCAAAGCCCAAAGAGAGCGGUUUAUAUCUCUGUCACAGGAGAUUAGCCACGUUGGGACGAGUUUCGUGGACUCCAUGGCACCGAGCAAACAGUACUUGACGUUUCGAAGCAGUCAGCUAAAGGGGAUGGACCCUAUGUUCGUUCGGCAAUUUACGCAAUGGGGCCAGGUAUCACUACCCACAGUGGGAGAUCCUGCCACUCUGGCCUUGCGUUCUGUCCAGGACUCGAAUGUAAGAAAGGACAUUUUUAUGGCCAGUCGUACAUCAUCCCAUUCAACUAUACAGAAGCUCCAGACUCUCUUGCAAAAGCGGGCUGAGCUCGCCAAACUCACAGGCCACAGUGAUUAUGCUGAAAUGACACUCCAAGAUAAAAUGGCAGGAGGUCCAGAGAUGACUCGCGCAUUUCUUUGCGGAUUGAAUGAUCAAAACUCCGAGAAUUUAGAGUCGCAGCUGGAAAUUUUAAGGCAGGAAAAGAAAAAGACAAGUCAUUAUCCAGGGGACAUAGCAGGUCUUGAGCCAUGGGACAAAGAAUAUUACAUGGCAAAAGUCCUUGCCAAAUCACGCUCUAAUCAGCGAACCCCUGAUUUUCUAUCCGCCUACUUCUCACUAGGAACAGUGAUGCAAGGUCUAUCAAGAUUAUUCUCGCGCCUCUACGGCAUUCGAUUUGUGCCCCAUGAGACUCGGCCUGGAGAAACAUGGAAUUCGGAUGUCCGCCGUCUUGAUGUUAUAUCAGACACUGAUGGCCAUGUCGCUGUAUUAUAUUGCGACCUAUUUUCCCGUCCAGGGAAAUCACCAAAUCCAGCACAUUUUACCUUGCGUUGCUCUCGAUUGAUCCGUGACGAAGAGCUCCAGGAAGCUCACCUUGACCAAAAUCCUCUAUUCUCUUCUGCUGAAGAAGCAGCAAAUGAUGGCAUGUCUACUUCAAAGACUUUGCCAGUAGGAGGCGUGAUGCAAUUACCUACCAUUGCGCUAAUUUGCGAUUUCAUGACACCCAAGGAUCUUAACAAGCCAUCUCUCCUCAGCUUCAGCGAGGUUUCAACUCUAUUCCACGAAAUGGGCCAUGCCAUCCACUCCAUCUUGGGCAGAACGGAUUUCCAAGAGGUCUCAGGGACUCGAUGUGCCACAGAUAUGUCAGAACUGCCUUCUAUUCUCAUGGAACACUUUGCUUCCGAUCCUACCGUUCUUUCUCUAUUUGCACGACACUACGAGACAGAUGAGCCGCUGCCAUAUGAGAUGGUGGCUGAGAAGUUAGCUAUGGAUAAAAAGUUCGAUGCAAUAGAUACAGACAACCAAAUCAUCCUCUCACUUCUGGAUCAGGAAUGUCACUCUGCGGCUGCCGCGAAUGCUUCUUUCGACACGACGAAACUCUACCACGACUUACAAGCACAGUACUCCAGACAGCCCACAGACCCAGCAGGCACGAGUUGGCAAGGCUUCUUCGGGCAUCUCUUUGGCUAUGGAGGUAAUUACUACAGCUACAUCUUUGACAGCGUCCUCGCUCGACGAGUCUGGCAGAUGGUGUUUAUGGCAGGACGUCAAGAGGGCUCGAUAAGCCGAGAUAGAGGGGAGCGUCUUAAAGAGAAUUUACUGAAGUGGGGUGGUUCUAGAGAUCCUUGGCUUUGCUUGUCGACACUUCUUGAGGAUGAAAGACUACUCACGGGCAGUGAUGGAACGAGGAAUGGAAUGAAGCUUGUUGGACAAUGGGGUAUCAAGGGGAAGGAACAGAAGUAG